AUGAGGUUCAGAAGCAGGGCAAUUGACCAGUUCAGAGAGCCUACACAGCCGCAGCACCUGACAUACUGCGAUCACGGAGGACCACUGAACGGUGUCACUGCGGCCAUCACUUGUCUCAUCCUGGUCAAGUGGCGAAGGGAUCGGAAACUGGUCAUGCCUGUGCGGAGCAAGUACCGGAUAUCGCGACCUUGCCUCCAGCCUGCAGCACGCGGCAGUUAG